AUGACACCCUCUCUCUCUCUCCCGGGCGCGGCGAGGCCUGUUCGACGGCGACUCGGUCAAGCUAUGGUGCGGCUCGCGUUGCCCACUAACACGACCGAGCCGCUGAUCGGUCCUGUCGAGUCCCGCAGGUCGAUAAACCGCACAGGCGCGUCCGAUUUGGCCGGGCGUCCUCGGUACUACAAGCAGUUCAAGCCCCGUGGUGCGUCUGCGGACGACGACGAACUUGCCUGA